CAUGGAAAAACACACGUAGCCUACUAUUGUUCAGUUAUAGCUUGUUUAUCUGCCAUUAUAGAUAAGUUUUUAAAUAGGUCUAUGCAUUUUAUUUUUUCCAAUUAAAAUCAGUUUCGAAACGAAACUCCUUUGGUCUCUUAAGUGGAAGUACAAAAUCCGAAAUAUAACAAGUGACACGAUGCAGGAAAAUAAUCCAUUUCCAGUUAUGUCAAGGUGUCUUAUCACUGGCUAGGUCCCAUAAACCUGACAAUUCAAAGUACGUAGUUUGUUGCUAAAACACCAGCUCACUCCGCACUUCCGCGGCUCUGCCCUCCAUAACACGCCUCGGUGGGAAAGAAACAUAUGACGGGUGGCGUCGGGUCUUACGGUUGUCGGUAUGACGGGUCUGCCUGACCGCGCGCGAUUUUCUCCGGUGGAAUGUACAGUCGUGCCGCCUGUGAGGGUACUUAAGGGUACAGCUGAUGCCCGGAGGGGAUAAAGGGAGGUAACCAAACUAGAUGAGCCACAUACAUUCAGCCUAUAAUGUCAACACAUGAUCUGAAGUUGCAGCAGUCAAGUUGUCAAAGCGGAGUGAAAGCCAGCGUGACUUGCGUUGUCUCAGAUCUGGAGGGAUUGUACACACAAACUGAUAAAUCACGUUUUCAGAAUGUAAGUGAACAUGAGAAGAUAUAUCCUGGGCCAUUGGCUCAACACAUGCACAACAAGAAAGAUUUAGAAACUAGAACCACUGCUUCUUCACCAUUGUUGCAGUUAACAGGCCAGCAGAAAAGCAGCAGAGAUUUGCAGAUCAGGCAAAUAAUACUUCUCAGAUCUAAGGAAGACCUCAGUAGGACAUCUGAGGAGCAACGGAAAUCUGCCAGAUUCACUUCCACCAUCUCUAUCAGUCUUCCCAAUAGAAGAAACAAAAAAGACACAGCGGAGGAAAAAACACUGCAAGCUACAACUAACCUCACACAUGAAGCCGUAAAGAACACAGCUAAUCAACACCACACAGAGCUAAGGGACGUGCUUUCACAAACUGACCAAUGUGGCGAAUCAACUGGUGACUCAUUUAAGAAUGGGGAUGGCCCAAAAGCAAGCUUUGAUGAAGACCGUUUUACCACUCUGCAUCAACGUGGGACAAAGCAGGGACAAAAUACAGGAAUACAAUACAACAUAGGCCUUCAUGAACUAACACAAAUUGUCCACAACAAUUCACAAAGACAUUCUACUCAUCCUGUUUGUGAGGUUCAAACAGAAUUCAACAAGGAAUCUGAAGCGAGCGACUGUAGAGAGAAUGCUGCAACAACUCCACAAUACCACAGUUAUCUGACCUCCUUUGAAGUGGACAAUGGUCUAAAAGCAAGCACUGAUUCCCAGUUUUUUGCACACCAUUCAGAAGUUGCAAACCAGGUCUUGUCAUUAGACUGUUUACCUGCUCCUCAUUCUGAAAAUACCCCUGAGCCAGAACCUGGUAUUAUCAAUCCUACAUCAGCUAUGUUGUCAUCAGCCCUGGCCUCAGUUCUUGCUCCACCUUGGAGUGGCCGCCUUCGAAGACCCAAGCAAGGCGGCAACGAAGUACAGCAUGAACCCCAAGACUGUGGACAGAAUGUCAACCCAUCUACCUUAUUUCGCCAGGAUCGGCAGCAACAACCGUUUCUUCCUUCCCAGAGGCGACCAUCUGAACACAUGUUGGCAAAUGACAACAACAUGCAGUUGACUGCAGGAACCAGCUAUAACUCUCCUGAUUGGCAAAAAGAGAACAAUUCCCCGAACAUUACAACCACAAUACAGCCAAAGAGACCCAUUACCAAGUCCUCCUCUGUGGGCUUGAUGUACAAUAACACAGAUUUGCAUCCUUUUCCCACACGUCUGGACACUCGCCAGGUACCAAAUUUGGCCCAUACAGGGUACAGAAUAUCAAACACUGGAGAUGAACAUGAGUCUUUCAAAUCAUUGAGCUCUAAGCCAACAACAAGCAGCCUACUUCUUUCCUUGAGGAGGUCGAAUUUGAGAAACUCCAGUGCUGAACCCACACAAUCAGAGACUCUGAUGACUAGGUCUGAUAGGUCCCUUACAUUGCCUAGCAGAGUUGUUCUGAAAACUGCAUCAUUUGCCCAUCCUGUUUCUGAUGAUGCCCAAAUCCCCGAAUAUCCAGACACUCCUGCAAGAACAGAGGAAAUACCAGUCAGUCAGUUCCCUUUCUCACCUAGAAUUAGGAGUAGAAUGCCAUUAAGGGCAUCACUGUUUCUAAACAAACCAGAGACAGAAAUUUCGAUGAGACUAGAAGCUUCUAUUGCCAAAGCAGAGGAGGCACAUUCCCCACACUCCACAACCAAAACCAGCCAACUUGGGGUUCUCAGAGCCCAACAACGUUCUUAUUCAGUUCUUUUGAGGGAAUAUUCCAGUAUAGAGGACAUAGAUGCAGUGGAACAAAAUACUGCCAACAACACCAACCUGCAAAACUCUAAUAUGACCAAACAACAAGUAUCUCCAGAUACCACAAUUUCUCCCAAAGAUUCAACAAAUUUUAAUUUUCAACAAUCUGGCUUUAAUGUCCAAAAAUUAAAAUCACAAAGCACACACAAUAUAAUAGCCAGCAGUUCUUCAGGCACAAGCACCUUCACAGACAGGCUUAACUACUCACCAAGGAAAGACUCUUCUGUGGAUGGAACAAGUCCCACAAAUAUAUAUCUGGACUCUAAGAAACAUUCUCAGUCAAGUCAAAGCACAAUGGAUCUUUCGAGCCCUCUUUCUCCAAGCAGACCUCUUAGAAGCGUAAGAGUACCGAGUAUUUAUUCAUACCUACGGGAGUACAGCCCGGCAGUGUCCACCCCUUCCUCUUCCACCCCUUCAUCCCACAUACAGAGAGGUGAAACAUCACCUCCUAAGCAAGAUAGAGGCGUAACAUUGCAGGGUGACCAUAAAACACUUUACUCAAAAUUUUCAUUUGACUUCAACCCGUUUGUGCCAGAGGUACAAGCGUUACAAAGAAGCUCUUAUGGCUCUCAUAUUGCACCAGCUCAAUCUCUGCCUCCUGAUUUUGGACGAAGAUCAGCACCUCGUCUCAGUACAUCUCCAUAUUCUAGCCUCAUCUCCUCACGACCUACAAUCAACAACACUUUACAAGAACUACCCUCUCCGCCUGUGCCCAAAACUCAUAUCCGAUCUACAUCUUAUGAUAUUGUAACCACUCCUGCAGACUUCAUAAAAAGUGAUCCAAGCUCUUCACUGUCCACAUACGCAAGCAUAAUAAGAAGACCAAAGGAACAGUUGGCUUCUACUAACAGAGAACAGAGGACAGCAGUUCAAGCUUACACAAGCGCCCUAGAUAAUCACAAACCUGCCCAGCCAUGCCUCUUACAAACUGCACCAGAUGCAAGCUUUGUCAUGGAAAGCCAAAGCGCUAAUAUAAGCCCACACCCAAGACAGCCCAACACAGGCUCCAACAACUUCUUUCAUCAGGAGCAUGAUGGCCUGAUGGAACUUCAGCUUGAUAAGGGUAAUGCAUACCCCAAGCACAGGCUGAGUGAGAAAGGGAAGUAUUUAUUACCUGAUAAGCGCAAAGUUGAAAGUGAGACUCCACUGACAGCUGAGAAAGAGAUUCCUGCUGUGCAUAUGCAUGAGAGAUUGCAGGAAAUGCAAAGUUCCAAUUCAAAAAAAGGCCUCUUUAGUUCACGAGUUAAGAAAGACAAAGAAGCUGUCUUCUCUUCAGCUUCUUUGCCAGACAAAGAGGUUGUUAGUCCCCAGUAUUUAAAAACCAAAAGACAUUUGCCAGUGUUUAGAACGAGCAGCAGGAUUGACCAGAUGUUAAAUCGCUUGAAACUGACAUUUGGUGUCAAACGUUCAGACAGCUCACUUGACACACUACCAAAAAAGAACAAGAGUCCCACUCAGCAGCCCUCAGAUACUGAGACUUUUGAAAGUCCCAAGACAGAGGAGAAAACAUGUUCUGAGAGCCACCCGGCACCCUCUAACUCCUCUUUAACAACUGAUAAAACCUCUUUAGGUUCCUUGUCACUACUAACAUUAAAUAAAUCUGAGAAUACAUUAAAUGUGAGUGGACAAAAUAAGUCUAAGGCUGAAAUAAAUUAUUUUGGGUCCACACGGAAGGCCCCCGACUCGUCCUUGACCAUCGAUAAAGCAUCUUUUGGCUCCUUGUCGCCACUUACAUUACAGAAAUCUGAGAAUACUUUAAAUAUGGAUUGGCAAAAUAGAUCUACAACUGAACAAAAGGGUUUUGGGUGCACAUGGGAGGCCCCCAACUCGUCUUUGACCACGGAUAAAGCCUCUUUUGCUUCUUUCGGGUCUAUGUCGCCACUUACAUUAAGGAAAUCGGAGAAUACUUUAAAUAUGGACUGGCAAAACAGAUCUACAACUGAACAAAAGGGUUCUGGGUACACAUGGGAGGCCCCCAACUCAUCUUUGACCACGGAUAAAGCCUCUUUUGCUUCUUCGGGUUUAUGUCGCCACUUACAUUAAGGAAAUCGGAGAAU